GGCUGGCAACGCCGGAGACAGCUGGUUUUGUAACUGGUCCACAAAAUAUUUAAAAAAUAUAUAUUAAAAGUAUUUUGAAACCAACGAAAUGAUGCGCUACGAGGGUAACGAGAGGCUGGCCGAUGAGACUGCAUGUGCGGGAGUGCGGGCGGACCUGAAGAUGUGUCUCCUGGAGAGCGAGUGCUGCCGAAUGGGCAAGACUCCGCGCCAGUGCCUCCAGGAUAACAACGUUCCACCAGAGUGCCAGGUGCUCCGCAACACCUUCUACGAGUGCAAGCGCUCCCUGUUGGACAACAGACAGCGCUUUCGCGGCCGCAAGGGCUAUUGAAGUUUAAACUUAAAUUAUAUUUCUAAGCGCUUAAAAUACAAAAAAUUACACACAUAA